CUAUCACCUCUAUCAUUAACAGGUUGCUUUCACCCACAGAGCUGCUGUUUAUGAUUUUUUUGUAGUAGUUUAAUGAGGUCAGUCAAGUUUUGCAUACUUCACUUUGGUCUAUUCAUGACAUUAAUGACAAGGCAAAAUCUCUUAUUUAGCAGAGAGAGGAGAGAGAUAAAUAUAUUCCUAAAACAGGACAGAAUACAUAGAGAAAUAUCCAUUUAAACCCACAAAUUACAAGCAUCUUGUGCUUUUAUUUGAAAUAAAUUACUUACCCCAUUCCUUAUUUGUAAUAUCAAUUAGUUAUUGUUAUUAUAACAGAGAAACAUCUUUCAAUUAGUCCUAAAGGAAGUCAUUAGAAUAAUAAAAUUAACAUUAGGUUGUUUAAGGCAUUUAAACAACCUAAGCAUAGACAUUUGACAUUUAAGCACUGACCUUUGUCACUAACCUGCUGAUUUCACUUCCCAUAUUUUUCUGGUAAACAAGCCAAAUAUGACCGCAAAGUUUGAAAUGCGUUUCCUGAGAUGCAUUUCCACACACACACUUUCUAAGAAAGUGUGAGGCAAGAACCAGCACCACCUUCAAUAACUAGUAUAAAUUUGAGGUGGCAGCUUCCGCUUAUCCAUUAAAAAUUUGAUCCUUCACAAAACAUCUUGUAAGGAAGGGAUUUCUUGCUCCCUGCUUCCAACAACUUUCUUGUACAUAUUAAGAGCAAGAUCAUGUCAUACUUGGCAGCCAUCCUUGUAAUUGGUGGGAGAGGAGGAAAGGCCUUUGAUUUUAAUAGUACUGGAAAUGGAGCCACAUUGAGAAAGAUCUGGGUGUGGGCCGGUGGCUGGCAGAUAAAAGCCAUCAAGGUUUGGCUUACUGAUGGCCAGUCCCAGGAGUUUGGAGAACCUGCUGGGAGCUUUUCAGAAUUUAUAUUUGAAGAUGGAGAGCAUUUCACCUCCCUUUCACUUUGGGGAAAUGGAGCUGGAACACGUCUGGGUGCCAUCAAAUUCAAGACAAAUCGCUCCCGAGAGUUCUUUGCACACAUGACAAGCUGGGGGCUGAAAACAGAAUAUCCAGUUGAUGUGGGUUCUGGGAUCUGCAUGGGAAUCACAGGACAUGCUGGUGCAGAUAUUGAUUGCUUAGGCUUCAUUUUCAUUAACACCAUCAGGUCUACUCAGCUAACAGAUGUUCAAUAUCCCACACUUCAUGAUGUGAUACCCAAUGUGGCUGUUGAAGAAAUGAAAUCUAUGUCCUACCAAAAUAAUACUACUGAAACUUUAAAUUAUACAUUAGAAACCUCCAAAAAAAUCAUCAAAAGAUCCUCCUGGUCUGUAACCAACAAGCUCGAAUUCACAUUUAGCAUGGAAGUGAAGGCAGGAAUUCCUGAGGUUGCUGAAAUAUCAACUGGUUUUGGCUUCAAAGUGGGAAGUGAGGACACCUUUACUUUAGACUUCACUGAGGAGAAAACUGAGAAGUUCUCGUUUCCUAUCAAAGUCCCUCCAGGGAAAACCGUGGAUGCGGACAUUACAAUUGGCCGGGCUAUAGUUGAUCUCCCCUACACUGGCACAGUCCAGAUUACCUGCUAUAAUAACAGUGUGCUGGAGUUUAAAACCAGUGGAACCUACAAAGGGGUCACUUACACCAAAGCAAAAAUAGUUGUGAAUGACUCAGCAAAAAGCCUGUAAAUUCUACAUCUACAGAAAGAGCUUGUUGCAGACGCACAUGUUUAUUUGGUAAAAUAUUUUUUAAGAAACAUUCUGAGAAAUGAAUACAACAAAUCUCAGUUUUUGUAGAUUUAGUAUAAUUGUAGCUUGCUUUAAACAAAUUUUAUUUUUUAUUAUUACUGUUUAAAUUGUUAAUUUACUGCUAUGGAGAUGAUUCUUUUGCUUCUUUUUAAUCUUAAAAUCUCUAAUGAUUUCAAUUAAUUAAACUGUUCUCUCUGUCUGAUUUUGAAUAAAAACAUCCUAUCACUAA